AUGUCACCAAGCUCGACGGCCUUGUCAGAGACCGAGGAGGUUCUCUUUGCCCGGCUGUUCAUGCAGGCACAAGACACUGCCUCUCCAGCUCCGAUCCUCGGAGACUCGUACGCGCAACAAUACAUCAACCAAGCAAACUGCAACUUCCAUCGCAACUUCUUCAUCACGGAUCCACGCCAUGUCAAGGCCUUCAUCUGCAGAAACAAGCUGCACGACCAAUGGCUGCAGCACUUUCUAGAUAUCCAUGCCGUGGCCAAGACCCCCGUCACCGUGCUUCAGCUCGGGUGUGCCCUCGAUAGCCGCAAUAUGAGGGUCAACCGCGGGUCAUCGGUCCGCUGGGUUGACGUGGACACCCCCGAAGUCGUCAGCUUUCGCCGUCAACUGAUACCAGCAGCCCCCGGCGAUUAUACCCUCAUGAGUGCAGACAUGACCGAAACCUCAUGGCUCGACGCGAUACCUGCCGAUCGACCGACGUACAUCAUCGCUGAAGAGUUCUGGAUGUGGCAGAAGCCUCACAACGGCAAGAAACUCAUACGAGCCAUGGUCAACCAUUUCCCAAGGGGACAAUUCGCCACAGACAUGGUAGGAUCUGUCAUCAAGGAGCUGCACUGGCUCAUGCCCAUCCUCAAGGGCUCGAAGCUCAAGUUCGAGUGGGCAAUCAACGACGGCCGCGAGUUCGAAUCGCUCGACCGCCGUCUGAAGCUGGUCCAGGAGGUUCGGUGGUACGAAGUGAUUGGCACCGCCCUGCGUGGCGGCGAGACGCCAGAGAUCUUUGGCCGGUGGACAACGCUGGCCUCCCGCAUCCCCGGUUUCAAGAACUGCGCGCAGGUCGUGUUGCUUGACUACGGCGUCCUGCCAACCUCGCGUCGGACCAUGGAUAGCUCCACCACCGAAAGCAGUGGGCUGUCUGAGACGAGCGUGACGGGCGUGAGCUUCAAAGGGUCGGGGUCGAGCGUAGGCGGAUUCACCGGGGCGGCAUUCAGUUCGGACGGCAGGUACAGCCCGAUGCCGACACGCUCGUCGAAGCGAUGA